AUGAGCGUUCAACAAACCAAAACAUAAGCCGGGUGCUGGCAACCUUGUCGGGCGCACCUUUUGAAUCAGCAUAGAUCUUAAGUUACCGCUUUUACGCUGAAAUAAUCGUACAGGCUAUAUUUGAAACAGUAUCGGUUCCCCGUGUUAUGUAAACAUUGUGGAUUAGAUAUCAGUAUGCCAGCUGAAUGUAUUACUGGCCGACUCGUCACUGCUGGUAGUCCCAUAUCAGUGCCUGCGACAAAAGAAAAGAAAACUGUUUUAAGACGAAGGUCAAAGAAGCGAGAUUUAUAUUCAACCAACAGCAUGGCUAGCACAGCAUUCGUCCCUUCGCUCCAAAAAAUGCCCAAACCGCCCAGGGCUCCACGGACCCCAAGAUCUCCACGUACACCCCGCGGCGGGUCACCACGUAGGUCACGGUCAGCAAUGGAGUAUGAUGCAGGGUUGGAUGGUCAUCAACAAACUUACGUUCUAUCUCAUGCGAUGAUGAACACACUACAGAAAACGAUGAUGGGAAGCAGUGGAAAGUCUUUCACGAGUCCAGGCGACAAAAUUGGUUUCCAUGGACCAAGAAAGCCACUUCUGCUUUCCUACCCUACCGCUCCAAGCAACCUCGGCAGAGUGAUUUAUGUGAAUCGGUAUUCACCCCGUCAGAGCAGGAGUCGAUCACCAGGUCGCAGAAAUGUUUCGGGGACACCAGACCAACCCCAUGGUACACUGCCGGAGCCAAACAAGGAAUCCAAAGAAUUUAUGAGAUUGUCGUACAAUCUUAGAUCUAACGAAGCGAAUGAACAAUUCCCAGGUUGGAAAAAACUUCCCCAAGCGAAGACGAUCGCUCCUCCCCCGACAAAAACUGAGAAACUUAUCAAAGAAAAAGGAUUUAUAUUAGAUGGGAUAGCUCUCAGCAACAUACAAGAUGAUUUCGCCAAAGUGCAACCAAAGUUGGGACCUGCAAUACCCCCCUACAACUCUCACUUCGACAAGCACGUACAAAGCUACUUUACCUACAAAGGACUAGAUAGCACGUUGGCCAAAACCAUGCAGACAAGAGAACGCAGCGAGUCUUUGCAAGGAAGAAAUGUUGACAGGUUUCAUAACAUCGGUGUUGGAUUCGAAUAUUUAUCGAGGCGAAACCGCUCAGGGGCAGGUUACUCGAGGGAUCUAGUCGAUGGGCAUGAUCAAUUUCUUAGCGAGGCUCGUCCUAUGAGUAGCUACAAUGGAAGAUACGGUUUCCGUCGCAACACCCCUCUUUUACGCAACUGUCCCUCACCAUUUGGUCUCGCAAGUCGAUCUUCUCCGUUCUAAAUAUCAUCCCAACGACGCCGCUUGGCAGAAUUAAACUAAAGCUUCUGUGUAGUCUUUCACUUCUGCGCAAGAAUGCCACGCAAAAUCGUGAAGCGUUUUAUAUUUAAACAAAAAACGCAACCGGUUACUUACAAUGCCGGUAUACGUGUGGUAAAAGCCCUAUAGGUAACGGCAUUUUUAAUUAUAUGCUUAAUAAUAAUAACAUAGUCUAAAAAACAGUACUCUUCUGCAAUAAACAACGUCGUAACGAAUGUAACUGUUAAUCGUCAAGUUUUAAGUUUAUUUUUCAGCAAUUAUACCGUAGAAGGUAAAGAUGGCUUUCAUUUUGACAUUCGAGUUUUCCAUUUCCGUACACCCCCAACUUUCCUUGAGCGAUCUCACAAACUGUUCACUGUAAUCCAGUUCGAGCAGUCUUGCGUUGCGUUCUUCUUCCGAAAGUCCGAUUUGCUCCAAUUCUUUGUCUUUUAAGUCAUUUUUAUAUGUUGUAUAAGCCAGAACAUAUUCUUUGGCAUCAUCCAGCGACCAAAAGCAUUCGGUUGAAAGAUUGUCGAACUGCUGUUUCCUGAGAUUCACUAUUUCGUCAAAGAUGUCAACAUAUCUUCCUUUACAUAUCCGAUUCAUAUCUUCCUCAGCAAGAUCCCCAUUUGCGCCCCUUAGUAUGGCAUUUUCUAAAAGACUAGCCCCACAUUUUGCCAACUCAGUUACGUCACCAGAUACACCAAUCGGGAUAAGGUUCGGCAUCCAGUAGCCAAACAUAAUCAACCGACCAUCCGGUUUCAAAACUCGUUCCACUUCUUUGUAAAAUUUCGGUCGAUCAAACCAAGGUGAAGACGUCGCAGCCACGAUGACGUCAACACUGACGUCAUCACACGGUAGCUUCUCAGCAAAUCCCCGCUUGUAAGUCACGUGAGCAAACUUGUUUUGAGAUCUCGCUUCUUUAAUUUGAUUCCCGCUAGGAUCGAUGGCUAGCACUUCAUGAAAGUAGGGAGCAAAUAUAUUCACUGAUUGUCCACCACCGCAACCGACAUCAAGUAGAAAAUCCAAUU